CGAAUAUAAAUAGAUCGGUUUAUAUUAUAUCGUUAAGAUAACGAUACGCAAACACACUGUGACAUGUUAUUUAACCGCAUUCCGCCUUUGCAAUAGUAUAAUGUACUUGUUGUAGUAAGUUGCACACAUUGAUCGGCAAAGCCAAGAAAGUGCAUAUCGUAAGCAAACACCAAGCAGUUUCUAUCAAACGUUGUCGUGUGUAACAAGCAAGCGAUCAUUCGCGAAUCGCAAUUAUUCCUUGAAAAGUCAAGCAAUUGAUUGAGGAUAGCAAUGUCUGAACUAGAGCGACUGUACACUCCGAGCGAAUGGGGCAAACGAUACAAAUCAGAGGAGAUGAUCGAGCGAUUUUAUGAAUUCUGUGAGAAAGUUACGGAAACGACUCGGAAAACUAUUAAAUGCAAACUUAAUGUGCCGUAUGGUCCUAACGAGCGCACAAAGUAUGACAUAUAUGGUAUCGACUUACCCAAAGAUGCACCAAUAUUCGUGUUUAUCCAUGGUGGUUAUUGGCAGGAAUUUAGCAAAGAUCUCACUGGAUUCUCAGUACCUUUGUUUGUUAAAAAUAACAUUAAAGUAAUCACGGUUGGAUAUGAUUUAUGUCCAAAUGUCAGACUUGGAGAUAUAGUAGCAGAGAUAAAAUCAGCGAUCUCGCAGAUAUUAAAAUAUGCGAUCGAUUCAGGCUCCAAAAACGUGUGUCUCGCUGGACAUAGUGCUGGAGCGCAUUUGACUGCGUGUCUAUUGCACGACGACAAUUGGAUUAAUCAUGUGACACAGCAAGGAUAUUUUAAAUUAUUAAAGGAAAUCAUACUGAUAAGCGGUGUUUAUAAUUUAAAACCUGUAGCUAACGUCAGUCAUGGAAAAGUCUUGGAUCUGACUGAAAAAGAAAUUAACACAUUUAGUAUUUCCACCCUUGAUGAAGCAAAGGACCGUCGUAUUAGUGGUUUAAAAGUUGUCGUAACCGUAGGUGAUGACGAUUCUCCAGCGUUUAUAGAUGAAUCACGCAAAUAUACCCAAAAAAUUAUUUCCAUUGUGGAUAAUGUGGAAUAUCUUUUACUUCAAGACAUCGAUCACUUCAACAUAGUAGAAAAACUUCUGGAUCCAAACUAUUAUCUCGCUAAAUUGAUAUUGCAGUCUCUUCAACCAAAUGCAAACGUUUGUUAGAUAAAUGUGUGAAAAAUUAAAGGAAUAUUCUUUGUUAUAAGGCACUAUGUAUUCAUUAUAAAAUACAUUUCGAAUUCGCUAAAAAA